CUCAGUUCCUUUCAUUUCUCCAUUCUAGUAUAAAAAAAACUUCGGCUCUGUUUUCUCCGGCGUGGGGUCGCCGGAAAUCUCCUCCGGGGGCGUCUCAGGUUUUGCUUGAAGGAUUGUGAGGAGGCAUUUUGGUUUGUAGCUGACUCUGUGAAUUCACUUUGAUCAAAAGGAAGAGCAAAAGUGGUGUGAAAAAUGUCUUUUCAGAACAAGAGCUUUUGGAUGCCAAGGGAUGCUGGGUGUCUAGCAGACGGAGACACAAAUUACGAUAACCCUCCAAGAAUUGAACCAAAGCGUCCUCACCAGUGGCUUAUGGAUGCUUCCGAGCUAGAACUAUUCAGGCACAAGAGGCAAGAGAUGGAAGCUGUUAGCAGCAGACCAAGGUCAGGAAUUCCAAACGGUUCUAUUUCUCUAUGGGACAACCCUUCAGUUUUUCAGACAGUCUCAGGGCAGUUUUCAGAUCAUCUAUUUGGAUCUGAUAUGGUAAGGACUUCCAAUAUCAUUGAUAGGAGCAUUCCAACUGCUGGUAUGGGGAAUUUAAACGCGGAAUUGAAGGGCUUUGAGGAUCAAUUAGGAAUCCGUUCAUCGGUUAGUUUGUCUAUGUCACAUGCAAUUCAAGAUUCCUCAUUCUGUAUCAAUUAUGGUGGAAUUAGAAGAGUUAAAGUCAAUCAAGUCGGGGCAUCUGACAAUGGUGCGCCUGUAUCAAUUGGCCACCCCUAUAGUUGGGGGGAUAACAAUCUGUCCGUUGGUGCUGCAUAUGAUAAGACUGAUAACAGCAUGUCUCUGGGCCCAACUUAUGAUAGGGGGAAAGGGAUUGCUAUUUCUAUGGGCCCCACCUUCUCUAAACCCAAUGACAAUUUCGUUUCCAUGGAUCACACAUUCAACAAAGGAGAUGGCAGUUUCAUGUUGAUGGGUCACAAUUUUUCUAAGGGUUAUGACAACAGCUUGUCUAUUAGCCAGCCCUUUGACAAGGGUGAUGGUGCUUUUGUAUCACUGGGUCAUGGAUAUGAAAAGGGAAAUGCGAGUAUCAUGUCUGCCAGUCAUGACAACAAGGAGCAUGAUAAUUUUAUUUCGAUGGUUCCUACCUAUAACAAGGAAAAUGGAAAUUUCAUUUCAGUUGGUCCCUUUUAUGAUAAGGGAGAUGAGAAUAGCAUAUCGAUGCGUCCAACUUCUGUCUCGGCCAGCACAUAUGUCAUACCCAGGGGUACCACCGAUGAGAAGGGAAAUUCUGGAAAUAUGUCUGUGGAAGAGAACUGCAUAAAGGGUGGGACUGGUACUAAUUCUUUUGGAGAUUUUCAGAAUGAACCGGAGACCAAUCCCUCUGGUGGGAUGACAAGUGGCUAUGAUUUGAUGGCAAAUCAACCCUCUGUUCAAACUUCAGCACCUGGACUAGAAAAUGCGGCUAAGAAUAAAAUUGUUGCUCCAGCGGCUACCGCUAAAACCAAAGACACUCCGAAGAGUAAAGAGCCAAAGCCCUCUAAGAAGGUUGCACUUAACAACAACUUCCCUUCAAAUGUCAAAAGCUUGUUAUCAACUGGUAUGCUUGAUGGGGUUCCUGUGAAGUAUGUCUCCUGGUCGCGGGAGCAUAGUCUUAAAGGAAUUGUAAAAGGGACGGGUUAUUUGUGUGGCUGCACGGAUUGCAAGUUCUCUAAGUCCCUCAAUGCUUAUGAGUUAGAGCGUCAUGCGGGUUGUAAGACCAAGCACCCAAAUAAUCACAUUUACUUUCAGAAUGGAAAGACAAUCUAUGCAGUGGUCCAAGAGCUGAAGAAUACCCCUCAAGAGAUGCUCUUUGAAGCAAUUCAAACAGUCACUGGAUCCCCCAUAAAUCAGAAGAAUUUCUGUACUUGGAAAGCAUCAUAUCAAGCUGCAACCCGAGAGCUUCAGCGUAUCUUUGGGAAGGAUAAAUUGACUGUAGCAUCUUGAUAUCUGAACUUCGCCUUUUCCAAACCUGUGAAGUUGUUUACCUCCGGUCUGUGAAAGGCAUUUAAUACACCAAUAUGGCGAAGUUAAAUCAAUUUUCAGGUACUUGACGAAGGAACAAAAUCCUUGUUGUUAUAGCUUUUAAGCUUUCAUGGACUCCAAUGUUAUUUUCUUUUUGUGGACGGAAUGUUCUCUCGUAUGAACAGAUUUUGAUUUUGUUUCGGGGAAUGUUAAAUUUGGUUCAAAGC